UAUUUGUCCUAAUCAGGAAUCCAAUUAUACAGGAUUACAUGGAUAAGAUGUCCACUGUAUCAGCUAUCCUGCAACCUACAGACUGGAGAAGUGAGAGAUUGGAAACCCACAUCUUUAUUUCUGUGCGGUCCUCUGAAGACUAACAGGACGAUAUCACAGAAACAGGUGAACUUUUUGGUGUCCUAGAGAAACUUUCUCUCUGCUGAUUCGUCCCAUCACUCGAGACUGGAGGUCAGAGUGUUUCUACCCUGGCCUUCUCCUCCAGGGUCCCUCCAAAAAGGUGAAAAUGGUGAUCAGGCGAUGCAAACAAAUAAAAUGCCGUCCCACCUUGCCCCUCUUGCUGGCCGUGUUGUUUUUGGCAACGGUUGCGAGCGAUGAUGACCACUCGCAUCGUAUCAGCACCUCUCAAUGCGGUGAAUACAGCAAUCAGGUACUGAAGGAUGGGACGUGUCAAAUAACAGCCACGUUACCCCAACUGGAUGACCAGCGCUGUCCGGACAUGUUUCGUUGUACGGAUGAGGUGUCGUACUGGCUUCACGAGAACGAAGAACGUAAGCAGCAGAUUCUGGCCCUGCGGGAGACGCUGUCUGAACUUCAGGAGGAGCUUCGCAAUCACCGGCAUCGAGUCAAAGUCUUAGAACUGCAAAGCGAAGAGAAAAACCGUAAUAACUCAUCUGUGGAACAGCGCUUGCAUGAAUUGGAAGACCAUUAUGCUGACGCAACAACUCUCUUGCACGUUCAGGGCUCGUUGAUCUAUGACCUUCAGGCCCAGAUCCAUAACCUUUCACUGCUGGUGGAAAAAGUCAGACGUAAUCCCGGAUGCAUGAUCAACAUCGUCCGCACCAGCCCUCUACUUAGUGCACAAGAAGCUCUGCAUCCUGAAGUGCAGCAUGUCAGGAAUUGUCCUAUCGAUUGUGCCUCCAUCUAUUUCAAUGGAGUACGUCGAUCCGGGAUCUACACCGUGGUUCCCUCACUAGGGGCCAGGCCUGUGGAAGUCUACUGUGAUAUGGACACAGAUGGUGGUGGUUGGACUGUGAUCCAGCGAAGGCAAGAUGGUUCUGUGAACUUUGACCGCAGCUGGAAGGAGUAUAAAGAAGGAUUUGGAGACCUUCAUACAGAAUACUGGCUGGGAAAUGAACACAUUCAUGACCUGACCCGGCAGGGAGACUAUACGCUCCGUAUCGACCUGGAGGACUGGAGUGGGAAGCACAAGCAUGCGGUUUAUCAGAGUUUCAGUGUGGAGGGUGAGAACACACAGUACCGUCUUCAUGUGUCUGGGUUCAGUGGGACGGUGGAGGAUUCCUUCAGUUGGUACCACGAUAAACAGGGCUUUAGUACACCAGAUACGGGUAACAUCUGUGCAGAAAUCUCUCACGCAGGCUGGUGGUAUAAACAGUGUUUCUACGCUAACCUCAAUGGUGUCUACUACAAGGGUGGCCGGUACUCUCUGAAGGGGAAGAACCCGCUUGGGCCUGAUGGUAUCGUGUGGUACACAUGGAAAGAUUCUGAUUACUAUUCACUGAGGAAGGUGGGCAUGAUGAUCCGACCCAGAACCUUCAGACCGCAUCUGUCACCAUGAAUCAGGGCCUGAACUUCAACAAGCCAAUCAGCUCUCAGAGCCACAGGAGGAUGGGUGAUAAAAGUGUGUAUGGACUUAUAUUGAAUAAAGUGACCUCUGAACGAGACCAUUUAGGUUUAUACAGAGUCAAAAUAAUAGAUUCAAACAUUAAAAGUCAAUCUUUGUCAUUUAUUGAUCAAAAUUAAAAUGUGUGAGAGAUGUUUAUAUUUUCUAUACCCAAGAGCUUAUGAGCUUUAAAAACUUUUUUGAUUGACUUAUUUUAUAAAUGUGUAUUAAAAUUAGAUUUAUAUUGAAUAAUCUAACUUGAUUACACUGUAAAAAAAUCCGUAGAAAUUGCAGCUGAGUUGCCGGUAACUUACCGUCGAUUUAAAUUUAUGUUAUUUACUGGCAACAUUUUGUUCAAAGUUAAAUGAAAAUUUAACAUUUACAAGUCUUUGUCUUUACAGAGUAAAACUAAAAGACAGAAUCAAGCUAAAUAUUCUGGGAAACAAAUUCUGAAGCAAAAAACAGAAAAAGGUUGAUGAUGAUUCUGGUUCCCAGUGUGCUUUGCAUGAGGCUGUUAUUGUAUAGUUUUAUUCUGUAAAGAUAAAGACUUUUUAAUAUUUAAAAUGUAUUUUACUUUGAACAAACUCUUGUAAAUAACAUAAAUUUAAAUCUACGGUAAAUUACCGGCAACCCAGCUGCAAUAACAUAGUAAUUUUACUGACUUUUUACAGUGUAGACUACACUGUUAAAAAUAAAGGUGCUUAGAGCAAGCCAUUUAGAGGAACCUUUUUUGGUUUCUCAAAAAAACAUUUAGUCAAAGGUUCUUUAAAGAAUCGUUUAUUUCAUCCAUGUUUAUAAUCUAAAGAAACUUUAAAAAAAGCACCUUUAUUUUUAAGAGUGUAAUAAACCACUCUCUAAAAAAUGCUGGGUUAUUUUAAACACAGGGUUAGGUCAUAAAUGGAUUAAGCAAACCCGUUGGGUUGUAAUUUAACUUAUGAUGGGUUAAAUAUAAAUAUUUUCUGGGUUAUUUAAUCCAGGGGGUUUUGUUAGCCGAACCACUUGACCUAAAUGACAUACUUGAGGUACCCCCUGAGAUUUAAGUAAAUAAUAAGUAAUAUAAGCACAUUUGAAUGUUUAACUGCAAAAACGUUUAUUUUUUCAUCCGCUUCAAAGUUUUAUUCACUAUUUAUUUUUUUACUUGGUUAUUAUAACAUGUUACUGGACCUUCAACUGGUAAUUUUCUUAGUACAUGAAAUAAAUCUGUCCAUUUUGCAUGAAUUCUGUUUUCUGAUUUAAUGUACUGCUGUGUAAUAGUCACAUGACAUGCAGGUUAAACAAAUAAAAAAUUAUAUUUUGUUAUUGCUUUAUAUAUUUUUUUAUUUUUAAUUUUUUUUAUCAAUUCACAAACCUCCUGCAAUUCUCUGUGAACCGCAGUUUGGGAAACCCUGAUUUAACCCAACAGUUGUAUUCAUCCAUUUUUGACCCAAAUGCUGGGUUGAAAAUAAACCAGGAAGCAAAAGCACUCACAAGUACUUAUUUGGUGUAUCAAACACGUUUAUAUAUAAAACAACACAUCUUUUGAAACGGUCUCAUUUGUAUGCGCUGUAAACCUUCACAGCUGCCUCACAGGUCUCAGAUCCUAACAAGACAACUUACUGUCUAGUAUCUAUGGGCAGUUGCAGAAAA